CUUAGGGUUUCAGAUGUCCCACCGCCGUUUGACCCCCUCCCCCGCCUUCUCCACCCCUGCAAAUGAGGUUUGACCAGCAGAGUUAGAGCCCACCUCUGGCUGAAAAGCACUGACAUUUAGACUCCAGGCUUCAACCUGUUUACAAGCGGCUUUCCAAGGGACUUGGAGGUGGAGGGUUAGAGCCAAACAAAACACCAGCCGCCAGCCGCCAGCCGCCCCCCAAACAAGAAGUGGCUUUCGGGAGACUUCUCAUCAACAGGCACCACCAAAAAGAGAAAGGAAGAAGAAGGAGAAGAAAACAACCGCGCCUGGGCAGCUGCCUCCAGUUCUGACAACUCCAAAGAGACACACUUUUUAAGUGGCCAGCAGGCUGGGACUCUGCAGAGAAGGACCAGAAGGUGCCAACCGCAGAGGGGCGCAGAUGUCUUCCCGCACCCCCACCCCACCCACUUUGGGUUUUCUUCACCGGGCUGUCAUCUGUUUUUCAGACCUCUUUUGCAUCUAACAUGGUGAAGAAAGGAGUGAAGAAGAGAACAAAGUAACCCCCGGGGUGGGGAGCGGAGAGCGCUGGUGACCGACACCACCAGUUCCUACUACUGCGGCCACCCACGUCCACUGUUCACCCACGGACGGGAGAGACACAGGCAGCGGAUCUGAGAACGGAGCGAGGACAGGCAGCCGGCCCUUCCGAGGAGUUAUGGAUGUUGGUGUAUUCGCUUCUGGCCAGAUCCGUACCCGGAGGGAGCUAACCAGUAGCCACCACCUCCAGCUGUCUCUUUGCCUCGCACCAGGUCUUACCCUUCCAGUAUGUUCCUUCUGAUGAGACAAUUUCCAGAGCCGAGAGUUUCAGUACAAUGUGGAAAUGGAUACUGACACAUUGUGCCUCAGCCUUUCCCCACCUGCCGAGCCGCUGUUGCUGCUUCUUGUUGCUCUUCUUGGUGUCUUCCGUCCCUGUCACCUGCCAAGCUCCUGGUCAGGACAUGGUGUCACCGGAGGCCACCAACUCCUCUUCCUCCUCCUCUUCUUCCUCCUCCUCCUUGUCCUCUCCUUCCAGUGCGGGGAGGCAUGUGCGGAGCUACAAUCACCUCCAAGGAGAUGUCCGCUGGAGAAAGCUGUUCUCCUUCACCAAGUACUUUCUCAAGAUUGAGAAGAAUGGAAAGGUCAGCGGGACCAAGAAGGAAAACUGUCCGUACAGUAUCCUAGAGAUAACAUCAGUGGAAAUCGGAGUUGUUGCCGUCAAAGCCAUUAACAGCAACUAUUACUUAGCCAUGAACAAGAAGGGGAAACUCUAUGGCUCAAAAGAAUUUAACAAUGACUGUAAGCUGAAAGAGAGGAUAGAGGAAAAUGGAUACAAUACCUAUGCAUCCUUUAACUGGCAACACAAUGGCAGGCAAAUGUAUGUGGCAUUGAAUGGAAAAGGGGCUCCCCGGAGAGGACAAAGAACACGGAGGAAAAACACCUCUGCUCACUUCCUCCCAAUGGUGGUCCACUCAUAGAAGAAGGCACUGUUGGUGGACACAGUACAACCAAAGACUCUUUGGCCAGGAAGAGCUGGAGUUGAUAUCCUCACAGAAGACUGUAGUGUUAAAGGCAAAGACCUAUCACAGAGCUCAGCUUGCUUAAAGGAAGGAAGGCUUUGGAGGCUUUUGUACUCACUCCUGACAUAUGAAGUUCUUUUCAUUAGCUCUGCGUCAUGCCUUAUACCCAAGACAGAGGCAAAUCAAGUGGGAUGGAAGUUAUCCCCAAGUGAACAAUGUUGUGGCUGGGUUUUUCUUUGUGUUUGUUUGUUUGUUUGUUUGUUUAAGUUUUUGUUUUUGAACUUCUGAGAUAGAACUUAAAGGACAUGGAACAAUCUGUUGAAUGAUCUUUGGGAAAGUUAUUUAUGGAAUAAUGAACACAUAUCAAAGACUUUCAUUGCUCAUUCAAGCCUGAUGAUUCAAUGAGCAGUAAGACACGCAAGCAUUUACUGGAAAGCACUUGGGUCAUAUCAUAUGCACAACCAAAGGAGAUUUGGGUGUGGCACCAUGGAAGAAUUGGAUCAGAUUUACAAAUAUAAACACAUUAGUGUGAAACUGUUCUAACAAUACAAAUAGUAUGGUAUGCUUGUGCAUUCUGCCUUCAUCCUUUACUAUUUCUUUCUAAGUUAUUUAUUUAAUAGGAUGUUAAAUAUCUUUUGGGGUUUUAAAGAGUAUCCUCAGCGCUGCCCUCUGAUUUGCCUUCUCAUUUUUUUUUGGCACCCUAUGCAUGUUCAUGACAAAGUGUUUUAAAAACUUGGCAAACACUUCAGAAGUAAGAGAUGAGCUCAAGGGAGCAGUACAAGUGCCCCAUGUGCUAUCAGUUGACUUAAUUUGCACUUCUGCAAGAAGAACUGUCAGGGAUAUCUAUGGCGGGGUUCUGCUAUAGCUUGAGGAACAGCUAUCUGUCAUCAUUUGCCAACACACAUCAGUCCUGAGGCUUCCUUACCUAAAAACAUAGAAGGCCAAAUUCUCUUCCAUUGCCUUAUUUCAUCUCCAUGAAUAUACAAAAAGAAGGAAAAUGAAUUGUUAGAUUUUUAUCCUAGCCUUGUUUUUUUGUUUUGUUUCAUUUUGUUCAUUUGGUUUUUUGUUUGUUUGUUUGAUUGAUUUUGUUUUUGACUGAUGAUGGCUCACUACAGCUCACAGUGGCAAUGAUGGAAAGGUUAUCUGCAUAGACAAGAUCCCUUUAUAAGUCCCACAGAAUGCUUCCCCCCGAAAAGGAACCAAAAAAGAAAUUUCAUAUGAAGUGCAACUCUCCCAGGGGCUAAAACUGAGUAAAUAUAUCCUGGUAUAUGUGUAACCACAUACUGAAAACCAUUCAAACUGUAUGAUCUAGUCUUUACAAAACCAAAUAAAGCUUGUUUUCUGUACAUUUAAAGUUUUCUAGAAGGUUCCAUAAUAUAACCACAUCAAAAUUCAUUUUUUUUUAGAGCAGGUAUAGAAAGCAGAACAUAAGUGUACCACUCACUGUCACGUGUAUUUCACUAAAUAAACACAUAAGCCUUAUUUGCAGUGUCUGUAGUGAUUUAAAAAUGUAAACAAAAAAUAUUAUUUGUUCUAAAUAUUUCAAAGGAUAAUUUUAACACUAUAUUGAUGCUGCAGUUUAUCUUAUUUCUUGUUUGGAAAAGUCUUUUUAUUUUUAUUGUUUGGAUACAAUAUUUUGGUACAAACAAAAGACUCACCAAACGUUCUUUUUACUAAAAAAUUAACCUCUACAAAGACUGGUGAUUUGUGGACCUCUUCUAACUUAUUUGUGCUGAUGCUUAGCCAGUGCAAAUCAAUUAUUUAAAAUAUUAAGUUAAAGGUUAAUCAGUUAUUUAAAAAUCAGCUUUUUCAGAAUGUUCCCACAGGGUAAUCCAACAAAGAUCAUAUUUUAUGAUUCUUUGAAAACCUGUUAUUUCAAGAGAAAUGCACAGAGGCACAGUGCUUUGGUUUAUGGGUAUAUUUGCAUUUUUAUGGUAUUUUUCUUUCAACUUGUUUUAUGACAAAUGGGAUUUUAAACAUGUAUACUUUUGUGGUUGGAUUCUGUAUGUUAAAAUUGAAUUGGCAACUAAGUCUGAGACCUCUAAUGUGAUGCAUCGCUAGAAAAACUGGGUAUCUCUUUUUUUUCUUUUAUUUUAAAAUAAUAAUUAUACCUGACACAUGAACACAGACCACCCACAACCAAAAUUAAAUGUUUGGGGAGACAAACUAUGGUAUUCAAUGACCAGAGUAACAGCAAAUAGGGCAGACGCUGGAUUCUUAUUUCACAUUGCCAUUUAGAUUACUAAAGAGACUACGUGUAAACAGUCAUCAUUAUAGUACUCAAGACAUUAAACAGCUUCUAGCAAAAUAUAUCAAAGCUUGCAGAGUCCAAAAAUAGAAAACAUCUUUCCCCCUCCCCCACUCUACAUCUUUCCCUGUAUACAUCCUAACAGAGAUAAAUACAGAAACCAUUUGAUAAAGAGUGAGGAUUUUACUGCAUUAAAAAUUUGCAUCCUUGUUUGAUAUUGAUAGCCCCUUUUACUACUACUGAAAGAAAAGGAGUCCAGUCCUAAAUGUUGUGUGUUUGAAAAAAAAAUGAGGAGCUCUGCCUCUGUGGCAAGUGUGGGCGCUGGCCCCACCAUGCUGAAGGGUGUCAGCCACAGAUACCAGGCCGUGUGAGCGCUGGCUGGCACUGAGACUCCUGAAAGAUCGAACCACUCCCUCCUCCUACCCCCUAAGAGGCUGAACAGUGUAUAUUAUGUUACAUUUAAAUAAAGGCAAUAAAAUGCUGGGGAAAGAAAAUAAAAAUAUUGUCUUUGUUUUCUCUCUCUC